AUGACCACGGACACCUCAGAGGCCAACGACGUUUUCUCUCUCUCAGAUCAUCUUCUUGCAGAACGUCUUCAGUUCGUCAAAGAGAUCGGCUUCGGAAACUGGGGCAGCGUUUGGCUGUGCCGUCCCAAAUCCAGUUCCUCAUCCAACAAGCAUAAGGACGUCGAAGUAGCUGUUAAGCUCGUCCACCGCUCCAAGACCAGCACAACGGCUGCACGCGUGCGUUCGCUAUGGAACGAGAUGAAGAUCGUGCGCUCGUUCAAGGCCGACCCGCAUCCCUCAAUUAUCCCAUUUCACUCGUUCAUCAUCACCCCGUCAUACGCGCUUAUCACGAUGGCAUAUCUACCAACCCUCGUCCCCGUCGAGGUAUCCGAACCCCGCGCAAAAGAAUGGUUCCGCUCUCUGUUGAGUGGUGUCCACUUCCUGCACGAGCGUGGGGUCGUGCAUAACGACAUCAAACCUGCCAACAUCUUGCUCUCCCACAAGAAUAUACCCGUAUUGGUUGAUUUCGGGUUCGCAGAGAAGUAUGACCUUUCUUCUCCAAAAGCAUUCCACAGUAAUUUGACAUACGGCACCCCUGAGUACCUCUCCCCAGAACGCGCCCGUGGCCUUCCCCAUGACACCCGGAAGUCUGACAUCUGGUCACUCGGUGUCACAUUUUUCGAAAUAUUGAUUGGUCGCACCCCAUUCGAGUAUGAAGAGGGCGAGCAGUUUGCAAGCAAAGCCGACUUGGAGAAAUACUGGAGCAGGACAAUGCGUGGCAAAUGGGUAGGCGCAUACACCAUUCCUAGGCCUGUGGAGAAGCUGCUCAAGCGCAUGAUUGUUCCUAAUGCUGAUUUGAGGUGUACGGCGAAACAGGCCAUGGCUGACGUAUAUUGGCAGGCUGCAGUUCCAGACAAGCUUAUACAUAGUCCGUCGCUGAAAGACACAUCCACUCCGAAAGAUGCCGUACCCAAAGAUGCGCCUGUCUCGCGGCGUCUUGACAUUUCGCUCCCUUGGUCUUCCAAUUCUCGCUCUCCCUCCCGCUCCUCGGUGUCUCGCACACCUGAAAAGGAGAUCCAAGAGGACACCCGCGUCAACGAGAGGCACCACGCACGAUCGAAAUCACAACCCAAGCUCCGCUCACCCUACCCUCACGCGGAUGGAUAUCGCCAAGGACGGAAGUUGUCGACUGUACAAGGAUCCCCUGUUGUCAAGGGCGCAAAGAAGCUCGGACCUACUCCCCUCGCUUCCGUCGAUGCUUCCAAUACGAGUCGUAACAUGAACAUCAGCUCCGGAUUUUAUUCGCUCAAUUCGCUCACACCAGUCCCGAAAUCACUUGGAUUGAGGACGCCUUCAAAUCUCGCUCUGAGAGAUAUGGAUGGCGGAAGAAAGAAAGGCGCGAGGACAGGGAGGGAGAACACGCCACGUGCAAAAGAAAACUCGCCAGUCGUGGACGGCAAAGGAAAUACUCCCCAACACAAAGGAAACUGCACACCCAAAAUGAGUGGUCGUAAACCCUGUUCGCGUUCUCGAGCGAAUGUAUUGGCAGACUUGACGGGUUUUGCGAAGAAUAACACGUCGAGGACAAGUCUGAACGACCACCACAACGCGUCUACUCCAGACCUCGGGAACGUAUCAACAGCUGUAAAUGUCAGCGGUAUGGCCAAUACCACAUCCUCAACCGUAGGCAAAGGCAGCGUGCGUGACCGUAUGCGCGAGUGGGAGCGCGAACGCGAGCGGUUACGGGAGAUGGAAAGACUGACAGAGAUGCAGCGCGAAGCUGAGUCCAUUAUGACAUCAGCCAACGGAAACAUUAACGGUGAUAAUGAGACGGAGUUAAGCGACGAAGAGGUAGAGUGUGCGAUUGAAAGGGAGGAGGCUCAGGAAGCGCGUCGUUCCCCGGUUUCGAGCGGCCAGAAGAGUCCCUUGGGGGUGCACAUGAAGGAUGAAGUGUUGACAGAGGAGACGGAUAGUGAAAUCGAUCCGAAUGUUACGAGCUAUCGUGCGGAUUUGAGCUCGGAGCAUAUAGAGAUUGCGAGGAUAGGGGUGAGGGCGAGCGCGCAGUUGUUGGAGAUGAGCAAAGGGAGCGUUCGGAUGUACAAGUCCUCGACGCUUGGGCAACUCACGGGUGGUCGUACGACACCUGUGUGGUGUGCUUCCCCGGAACCCAUCGAGUUUGAGCAGCGCCGCUCGGGUGAAGCUGGAAGAUUCAGCUAUGAGGAAAUUCGCCCAGAGAAUUCUGCUGAGAAGGAACGAGAGACAGCUCUUCAUCGAAUGAAUCUCUGGAUUCAGAAUGUUGAGAGAGUUGUUGAGGAAACUCGCCAGAACUUUGCUUUUGCAUCCACCAGUAUCACGCCACCUCCUGCACUUCCCCUCUCACCGCCCAUUUCACGUUCUAAUUCUCAGGCGCUCAAUGCUAAUAUAUCGCGUUCAUCUUCGCGCCUUCCAAAGCGCAUGCUUGCUGCAAAUGAGAUCUUUUGUGAUGAUCCUAAUGCGCCGCUGUCUCCUGGACGAUCGGCACUCGCGGAUCAGAGCAAUUUGCUCUCGGGGUAUAUGUCUCCCGAUAACUCCGGCUUCACCCAGCGUGCUGGUGUGUCUACCAUUAAUGUGCUUUCUCAGACACCCCGGCGCCAGCGUCGUGCCACCAUCUCGACGCGCUCGCCCAAGGCCGAUGAGAAUGACAUGGAUGGGUUGGGCUCACCGUCGAAGAGAAGAGAAAAGUCAAGGUCCCAAGGGAAUUUAGACCGGCAUAUCAGGCCUGUAGAUAAGCUGGAGUUUGAUCUUACGAGAGAAACAGUAGUAGCGCCUACGCCACGGUUGUCUGCCAUACUCGAUCGGAAGAUGUUCAUCGCGUCUCCAAUUAUGCCGUGGUCUGGCGAUGUAGAUGAGACAGAGAUGCAAACACCUUACCCUAUCAGACGACGGUCGAUUUUGUUCGAUGACACUGAUAUCACCGCGUCUCCUUUCCACGUGGAACCUUAUCCACCGCGCAAGUCUGGGGAGCAGAUGGUCAUCAAUUCGCCUGACCUCCGUCGUGUGGAAGGCGUCUAUGACCGCUUCCUUAUGUCUACCACAGGCGUCAAACGCGUCGGCAAGGGAUACCAAUCUGACAACCUCCAACCUGUUCACACUGCAUCCUCUACUUUGGAGUGUAAACCAGCAAAUAACAAUCCACGUAACUUCAACAUGUUUAGUUCUACUCGACGGGCGAUGCCUCAGCCAGUGUCUAGCGAUGACAUGUGGGGCAAUGCGUCUGUGGAUGAGCUUGGUGUCGUGGCCUGCAGUGCAGGCACGUCACGCUCGUCUAAGGAGGAUAGCAAGAACACUGCUACUGCUGCACUCGUUCUCCGCGCGUUCAAGGCGAUAGUGCCUGGAAGGACGGUCUCCAGAAGAUUGUCCCGCACUAUUGUUGCCUGA